CCUCGAACUAUGCCAGUGGAGCCUCUCUUCUUUUAUAAGUGAGUCAGACGUCGGGGGCUUGACUACUUUGCUGCUGCUGCACCUCCAGAGAGGACUGCUACUGGGCCAGUAGGUGUUGGGAGGAAGGGGAGCACAAUGAGUCUGUGGACGAGGUUUUUGUUCAUCUCGCAGGUUCUGUUACAGCUGCUCGGGAUUGCGCAAGCCCAAGGUUCAGUCUACGAUCUGCUCGCAUCGCCGGAGUGUCUACCUGACCUGCUGCAGGGAGGACUCGCGGCCCAAUCUGUGAACGAGAUCUUUAUUCUCACGACAUUCAGCCUUCAGCCCAAGACAGGAUCUACUGUGUUCAGCCUUUUCAGUCCACAAGACAACAGCAGAUACUUUGAGUUCACAGUUCAAGGGAAGCUCAACCGAGCAACCCUUCGCUACCUGAGGACCGAUGGCCGCAUGAGUACCGUCACCUUCAACAAUGUGAAGCUGGCCGAUGGACAGCGGCACGCACUAAUGUUCCAUCUGAAGGGUCUGAGGCAGGAGCCCACGAGCGUGGAGCUCUACGUUGACUGCAGGCUCAUCGAGACGGUGAAGGACAUGCCCGCUGCCUUCAAGGGCUUGCCGGCAAGACCCAACAUGGUGGAGCUCAAAACUAUGCAGAAGAGGACGCAGGAUGGGAUAGAAGAACUGAAACUGGUCAUGGGGGACUCAUUAGAAAAUGUGGCUUCUCUGCAAGAAUGUUACUUACAUCAGAGUGACUCGGUGCAAAUGCUGGGUGUUAAUACAAAGCAGCUGGCAAAUCAAAUGGUUGAGCUCACCAAGGUGAUCAUAGAACUGAAAGAGGUCCUCUCACAACAGGUCAAGGAAACCGCUUUCCUUCGAAAUACCAUUUCAGAAUGCCAAGCUUGUGGACUCGGUGGCACCGAGGAGGUCAAACCAAAGUGUACCCUUGGCACCUGUUUCCGAGAUGACUUGUGCUUCGAGACGGAUGACGGGGUUGAGUGUGGCCCUUGUCCAGAUGGAUACACCGGUGAUGGGUUCAGCUGCGACGAUGUAGAUGAGUGUCAGUUUAACCCCUGCUUCCCUGGAGUGCGUUGCGUCAACAUGGCCCCGGGCUUCAGGUGCGAGGCCUGUCCCCUUGGCUUUUCAGGUCAGGCUUUCCAGGGAAUGGGUGCCACCUUUGCACAAACACACAAACAGGUGUGCAAUGACAUAGAUGAGUGCAAGAUGCCCAACAACGGUGGCUGCACACCAAACUCUCUCUGUCACAACUCCGUGGGCUCGUACAGCUGUGGAGCCUGCAAGGCCGGCUACGUUGGCGGCCAGACCAAGGGCUGCAAGCCAGAAAGGAGCUGCGCAAACAGCUUGUUGAACCCCUGCAACUCCAACGCACAAUGCAUAGCGGAGAGGGAUGGCACUAUCAGCUGCGUGUGCGGCAUUGGCUGGGCUGGCAAUGGCUACCUGUGUGGGAAGGACACGGACAUUGAUGGAUAUCCUGAUGAGAAACUCAAGUGCAAAGACCCCAACUGCCGGAAGGAUAACUGUGUCUUCGUCCCCAACUCGGGGCAAGAAGAUGCAGACGGGGAUGGCUCGGGAGACGCGUGCGACGAGGACGCGGAUGGAGAUGAAAUUCCCAAUGACCAGGACAACUGUUGGCUAAAGCCUAACGUGGACCAGAAGAACAGUGACAGGGACAACCACGGGGAUGCCUGCGACAACUGCCGGAUGGUGGAGAACCCUGAUCAGAGGGACACGGAUGACGACGGGAAGGGUGACGCCUGCGAUGAUGACAUGGAUGGAGAUGGUCUCAAGAAUUUCUUGGACAACUGCCAAAGGGUUCCAAACCGUGACCAGUUGGACAUGGACAACGAUGGAGUUGGAGACGCGUGUGACAGCUGUCCCGAGAUCCCCAAUCCCAACCAGUCAGACAUAGAUAACGACCUUGUGGGAGACUCCUGUGACACAAACCAAGACAGCGAUGGCGAUGGCCACCAGGACACCAAGGACAACUGCCCCAACGUCAUCAACAGCUCGCAGUUGGACACGGACAAGGACGGAAUUGGAGACGAGUGUGAUGACGACGAUGACAAUGACAACAUCCCUGAUUUUGUCCACCCAGGACCAGACAACUGCCGGCUGGUGCCCAACCCUGACCAGACUGAUGAGAAUGGCGAUGGGGUAGGGGACGUGUGUGAAAAGGACUUUGAUCGGGACAAGGUGAUUGACAUUGUCGACAGCUGCCCGGAAAACGCUGAGAUCACCUUGACUGACUUCAGGGCCUACCAGACCGUGGUGCUGGACCCCGAGGGUGACGCACAGAUUGACCCCAACUGGGUCGUCCUCAAUCAGGGCAUGGAGAUUGUGCAGACCAUGAACAGCGACCCUGGACUUGCUGUUGGUUACACAGCCUUCAGUGGGGUGGACUUUGAAGGCACGUUCCACGUGAACACAGUGACCGACGACGACUACGCCGGUUUCAUUUUUGGCUACCAGGACUCGUCCAGUUUCUAUGUGGUGAUGUGGAAGCAGACAGAGCAGACAUACUGGCAGGCUACCCCCUUCCGGGCCGUGGCUGAGCCUGGCAUCCAGCUCAAGGCUGUGAAGUCCAUUUCUGGACCUGGAGAACACCUGAGGAAUUCCCUCUGGCACACAGGAGACACCAAUGACCAGGUCCGGCUGCUCUGGAAGGACCCACGCAACGUGGGUUGGAAGGACAAAGUGUCUUACCGCUGGUACCUACAGCACCGGCCCCAGGUUGGAUACAUUCGCGUUCGCUUCUAUGAGGGAACUGACCUGGUGGCCGAUUCUGGAGUGACCAUCGACACCACCAUGAGGGGUGGAAGGCUGGGGGUGUUCUGCUUCUCCCAGGAGAACAUCAUCUGGUCCAACCUCAAGUACCGGUGCAAUGAUACCAUUCCUGAAGACUUCCAGGCAUUCAAUGCCCAGCACUCUGAGGACUCCUUGUGAUCAAGGGUGAGCAGCGGGUAAAAAAAAAAGUAGCAAAACGGUCAACAGCUUCUUAGAACAGAAACCCACCCGACAAAUUAGAAUCGGGAACACCCUACAUGGGCCUAUUUCUGAUAGCCUUUAUUCUUAAAACAGAUAUUGAAUAUCAGCUAAAGUGGUAUUUAAUUACUACAUAUAAAUACAAUAUUCUAUUAUUAAUAUUUUCAUCUAACUCAAACUAAGAAUCCAAAAAGGAAGUAUGAUACUAGACCUUUGCCUAAUACCUAA